CACAGGGCUGUUUGCCUCGGGGUGUGCUACCUGGCCCGGGCAGAUUCCACCUCCAUGUCAGCCUCCUCUACCCUGGGAAAAACAAAACUCUACUCAAUGGCAUGUCUGAGGUCUUCAGAAGUUAGCUCAGAUACUUUCCUAUGUUGGCUCGCGCUAAAUAUUAAUUAGGCAGUGCAGGGAUCUGCUCAGUCUGAGGAGGGACAGGUUUUUACCUCACAGAGGCGGAGGAGCUCUGAAAGGCGUCUUUCAUGUGAGAGCUCUGCAGCGAGCUGCUUUGGACUCAUUUGUUCCCGACACAGCUGGGAAGGCAGCAGAAAUACUGUAAUCAUGUCUGAGACCCCUGAGGAGCAGCCGAGUACCGGGGUCUUGGGUCGUAUUGGGAGCUGGUUCUCUCCAUGGAGGGCAAAGAGUCCCAAGAGUCCAUCUGAACAUGCCUCCCCAACAAGUGAUGAGGUUUUUAAGUCAGAGGGAGAAGAAGAGGAGAGUGAGGAGUCUGUAAGACCCAGAGGAAGGCAACAACAGAAGAAGGAGAUUCAACAGAUCUCCAGAGACAUUUUCUUCGGGGAAGGCGAGGACGCCACGCAGUCUGCCCACAGAGACGGCUCUGCUGUGAGCAGCACUGAGAGUGCAGGAGGAGGUCCAAAUGAGGAGGAGUUUUUCGGGUGGGGGGAGAACAGAACAGGGCAGGGCAAGGAUAGGGAGGAGGGCAGCAACGGUACUUCAGAGAGCGGGAAUUCAAAGGAGAAUGCCAGCCAUCUGACACAUCUCUCUUCUUCGCCUGAGCAGGGAGUGCUACGGGACUCUGACCGAGCCCAUACCCAGCCUCAGGCCCAAAGAAAAGCACAGGCCCAGACAGGCAAGAGGCUCCAAGUUUACUUGGAGGAGACCAGUGUGAUUCAUUGUGGCAAAGACACAAACUCCGGACAGGAAGUCAUCACUAAGGUCAAGACAAGCCUGCAGGUUCACCCUAGGGCGAAAUCCACAAAGAGUUUUGAUCUACCAAAGAGGGCAAAUUCAACAAGCGCAGAGAACAAAAGGACAAAUGUGACGCCCGCGGUUGGGGCACCAAGUUAUUACAGUGCCCUAGUGGGAGUGUCACUGAAAUCACAGAAAGACUCAGAGCUAGAGGCUGAACCUGAUCAUAAACAAACAGAGGAAGACAUAAUGGGGCGGAAAAAUUCUGCCAAAAGGAGACUCAGGAAGAACUCUCAGGGAGAUGGAGGGAGCAGCCCCCAGCAGGAAAAAAUGCCUCCCAAUGCUGUCUCAGAGGGAUUCCCUUCAUCAGAUAACACAGUGACCAGCGCUGAGGGCAAGAGUCCAAACACUAACAUGGGAGAGUCAUCUGCACACUCCUCCUCUAAGCACCACCCAUCCUCUCAGGCCUCACCUGUAGGAGGAGAAGGUGAGACUUCCUGUCCUGACUCAGUCACCAAGCUGGAUGUCUUCCAGGACGCAAAUUCCACAGUUACAGAAGCCACUGCGGCAAGUGUGGUGGAUGGAGGAGCAGUCAUGGAGGACGAUGACAGUCUUUACAAAGUGGAAAGGAAAACAGAGACACCGGAGUCCAAACGUAGGAGUAUGAAGGUUUCUCGGAGCGAGGUGAAGUUUUUUACAAAAAGCGUGGCUCUGAAUUCAAAGCAAAGUCCAGCAGGUGACACCCAGGAUUUCAGCUCGAGACUGAAUUCUUUCCAAGAUGAAGCUAAGGAUAAAGUCAAAACAGAGACUGAUUCAAGACAACAUAGUCUUAAAAAAAUUGAUGAGGAGGCUAAGCCUGUGAGUGGCCGGAUUGCAGAUAGAAUCAGCCUCUUUGAGCGCCCUGCAGGUGGGGUCAGCAAGUUGACUUCUAAAGCCCCGAGGAGUGCCGAUGUUUCACCCAUCAGGAAAGACAUAGAGGAGCUGAAAGUUAAUUUUUCAUCAUCAGACCAGAGAUCAAGAUCAGUUGAGCGUUAUGGCACAAGCAGGUCCAGCUCUGCGUCACCUGCCAGGGAGAAGCCGGUGACGAUCAAGGAGCGAAUGAAGAAUCUCAGUGAGGCAACAAAAGCAGGGGUAAAGCCAGCGUUGCCUCUAAAGCCAAGUAUGACAAGAAUGCCUCAAAAAACCACCCCGUCAGCUGCAUCAAAGUCACAAGAACUGGACAAUCAGGGUAAACAGGAUACUAAACAGCGUAUGCAGAUAGAAACCAAAACAGAGAUAACAUCUAAACCAGAUGGGCAAGACGCAGCUGAUGUAGAGGUUAAGAUUUUCCCUCCUGAAGAACAAGCAACAGACUCCAAAAGAAAGGACCUAGAGGCAUCAAAAGCAUCAGAUCAAUGUAAGAAACCUAACAGUGUUGAAACAUCUCUCCCAGCAAAAGAGCCAGAAGACUCGAAAGAACCUAACAUGAGCCUGAGCCCAAGGUCUAAAGGCCAAAACAGAACAGGCUCCCGCUCUAAGAGAAGGAAAAGUAAAGAGCCGACCAGUCCCAUGAGCCCAAACAUUGAGAACAAACCCGAUCACUUUACAGCAAAGUCAGAAAUCGCUGCUUUAAACCCAGAGCAGGUGGAUGAUGCAGAAACUGCCUCUGCAUCUAAACAACCCACAGAGAAGGACAUAACACGUGAUAAAGCCAAAGAAAAGAUACCAGAUAAACAGUCUCUGCCUGACACCAAACACAAAGCUUUUAAGGAUGAUGGAGAGGAGUCGGACAAACAGAAGAAACAGGUGGAUUCUUCUUUUAAAAAGGAGAAAACUGACAAACCACUCGAAAAGCAGGGGGGAUUGUCUGAACCGCCUGUCACCAAAGAUGAACCUGAUACUGCUGCUUGUAGCAGUAAAACAAAGACACUUAUUGAUAAGGGUUCUGUUGUUUUACCCCACAAGGAGGAAAAAGGAGGAGGAUUGUUCACUCAGGAGGGGAGAAAGGCCUCUAAGGACAGUAAAGAAAUGUCAUCCUCCUUCUCCCCUUCCUCUUCACCUGCACCUCAAAAAGCUACUCAGAAAACUCCUGCGAAGGAGCAAGAGUCUUCUGUUGAACAUCCCAAAUUGAACAAAGAUUUGUCAGUGCAAUCUGAGCCAAAGAGUCAAGGAAAAGUGAAGGAGUCUAGUCAAGAAGAGGCAGGGCAGAAAGAUCAAUCCAAAAACAAGAACACAACCCUAACUAAGCAGGCUGAGAGUAAAGACGUGGGCAAGCUAGUAAAGGAAGAUAGAGAAAUAAAAAAACAAGCUGAGAGUAGAGACACAGGUAAAUUAGAAAAGGUAGAGAGCAAAAUAUCAAAACAAGCUGGGAGGAAAGAAAUGGACAAAUCUGAAAAGGCAGAGAGAGAAAGAACACAUCAGACUGAAAAGAAAGACAAAGAAAAAGCACUCCUGCACUUAGAUAAGAGUACCAAAAAGUCAGAGCUCUCAGAGGGUGGGCAAGGUUUCCAAGAGACAGAUGCAUCUGUUUUGAGGAAAGGUGAAGGAAAAAUGGCUGAAAGAAAAGAUGACACACAGCUCUCCCAAAACACAACAAAACCAGAAUCCAACCAACAGGAACCCGCGUCUAAAAGCACGGAAAAGACAUCAUCAGACAUUCGUAUUCAAACACAACAUGAGACACAGAACAAGUCUUCAGGUUCUCAGAAAGCUGGCAUUGGCACACACGCUAAGCAGGCUGGGAGUGGGAUCGAGAGUGAUAAAGAACCAUCAAAGGCAGAGAUGGUAACAAAUGUGCGAAAGAACUCAACAGAAAGCACUGGAACAAAAACAGAGCCAGUGUUGACCGCAGCAGAUCCAAAGCCUAAUUCUGUAUCCGUGGAAAAAUCUGAAAACUCACUAGAUGACUCAUGUGCACAUGGAGCUAAUGAUGCUAAGCUCUCCAGCCAAAAGCCUAUUACCAAAGCAGCUACAGCAGUCAAGGAAACAACUGUAAAAGCCAGUAAUGACACUCCAGCUCUGAUUACUGCAAAGGCUGAUAAUAUGGCAGCUACACAGACAACACUUAAAAAACCUACUCUCAUUACUGCCCCUGAAUCUGUAGAUAGCAAGAGAGGAAGGCAGGAUAAGGCUGCCAAGUUAGCAUCCUCAGAAGUGAAUAUCUCUGGAGAUAAUGUGAAACUUUCUCCGAGUGUGCAACUGCAUGAGGCAUCAAAAAACACAGAGAGCACAAGGGAUAUCACUCCACUAAAGGGUGCAGGGAUAAAGGCAGAGGUGUCCUUGAAUAGCACUGCUUCCAAAUCUACAGUUAACGUGGUAGGGAUGUCAGCUGAAAAAUCAAUCCUGACACCAGAGAAUGAGCUUUCUCUUAUUAUGAAUGGUAUAAUCAACCCGUAUGCACCAUCCACCACUGUCAAAAAGGAACAAUUCAAUAUUAAGCAGAGUCAAACCCCAAAAGCACCAACUUCCCAGGAGGACAAGAAGCCAACUAAAGACUCAAGUCAGCGUUCACCCAUGAAGAAGCUCCACUUGCCACGGGGACUAAGCAAAGAUGAUUCCACAGCAAGUGAACAACAAGACGCCCCAUCCAGCUGGCUGGAUGUGGACUUCCCAAAGCGGAAACUCAAAGUGUCCAUGCCUAAACUGACCCAUGCUGGAAGUGAGAGCAACCUUCUUGACACGCCAGAUGACCUAGAUGAUGAUGAUUUUGUCGAGAGAAUCAAGAAACUCUGCGCCCCGUUCUCACUUCCACCACGUAAACACAAUCCAUUCAGGCCACCUCAGCCACCAUUCGCCAUGCCUGCUAUCAGGGAGGACCGGUUUGAGAAGACAUUUGACCCUGAGGAGUUUAAGUUUGGCUUGAGGAAAAAAAAACAGUUCAGCAUAGAUACAACCCCGAGCACCUUAAUCAAACUGCAGAACACAGAGGAAAAGUCUGUCCCGAAGCCGGCCAGGGUGAGUUUGGCUGACAGGAGCCUGCUGCUUAGCAGCCUGGACACUCAUUCUCGACUAAGGGAGAAGAGCCCCUUGAAUGAAGACGAGGAUUUAAAGGAAGAAAAAGACGACCAAAUCAAGUGGAAGUCUCGCUUGGAGGGGAGCUGUGUCCUCAGCAGCCUGACCAACUCUAUCCACAGAGGAAAGAGGUCUGGGCUUCAAACCCAUGCAGAUGGCACCAGCUCUGGGGAUGUUUCACCCAGUGAUUCCCCCCUGCCUAGCCCUCCACUGUCAUCCCAGCCACCCCCACCAAGCCCGACUGCUACAGCACCACUCAAAGACAUACUGGCCAAGCAGAGCAACAAAGAGGAAGCCCAGGCAGGGGAGGCUGUGGUCAGUGACUCAACCCCUCCAUUUCCCUCCUUUAACGACAUCAAGCUGCCGGACUAUUUAGAGAAGUACCUCCCCCGAGAACCAAAACCCGUGCAGAGCAAACAAGGACAAGAGCAAGCCAGAACCGAGGCUACUGGAAAAAUGACAACUCCAGCCCCUGUAGUUGAAACAGAUGUGGCUGUAAAACCAGGUCUUGUGCUCCCUGAUGCUGUGCCUCCACGUUUCCCUGGGAUUCCUCCACCCUCCCACUCUACUCUCCCUGAGCUCAAGCAGCCUCUGGCUCACUCACAGGGGAUCCUUGAUAAUAACAUAAGAACUGUCAAGGGAUUUCACAAGCGCCCUGGAAAGAUGGUGUUGUUUGAGAAAGCUCAGUUCAGCGGCCAGGCGUUUGAGAUUUACAGAGAUGUUGCAGAUGCUACGUCUCUGAAGCUCUCACCUCUUAUAUCUGUGAAGGUUGUUAGAGGAUGUUGGGUGCUCUACGAGAAGCCUGAUUUUCAGGGGCGCUGCAUCGCCCUGGAGGAGGGAGGCAUUGAAUUGUCAGAUGUGUGGGCUGAGCCUGCACCAGGGACUGAACCACAGAAUGGCCCGCCAAUGCUUAUUGGAUCGAUUAGACUGGCCGUCUCGGAUUACAGCCUCCCUCAUAUCGAUCUGUUUACUGAACCAGAGGGCCUUGGCAGAGUAACACCGUACCAUGAUGACACCAUUGAGACAGGCUCAUUUGGCAUCCCGCUGAGCACUGCUUCCAUCCAAGUACACUCUGGGGUGUGGCUGGUGUUCAGUGACCCCGGCUUUCAGGGCAUGGUGGCUGUGCUGGAGACAGGAGUUUAUCCUUUCCCUGAGACCUGGGGCUUCCAAUCACCAUUUGUCGGCUCAAUUCGACCAUUAAAAAUUGGCGGUUUCAAAGUGGAAAAUCCCAGUGAAGUCAAGGCUGUGGUGUAUGAGAGUCCUGGCUUUGAAGGCUCCUGUUUAGAAAUCGACAGUGAAGUUUUCAGCUUUAGUGAAAGUGAAGAAGACAACCCCCCUGAUGGAGUCAACUCAGACUCAAAGAAAAUUAAAUCUGUGGGUUCUUUCAAGAUCAUCGGAGGACUCUGGGUGGGUUACAGCCAUCCUGGGUUUGAGGGCCAGCAGUUCAUCCUGGAGGAGGGAGAGUAUAUGGACUGUACGGACUGGGGAGGCCCUGAGCAGCUCCUGUCACUGAGACCAAUACAAGCUGACUUCUUGUCUCCGCACCUCAAAAUGUUCAGUGACAGAAACUUUGGAGACAUGGGAGUCAACAUUGACCUCACAGUGCCUGUCAUCAACAUGGAUAACACAGGCUACGGCAUGAAGACACAAUCUAUUGAUGUUAUGAGCGGAGUAUGGGUUGUGUUUGAGGAGCCAGGUUUUUGUGGGGAGUCUUACAUCCUGGAAAAAGGCUUGUAUGGAAGCCCUGAGGACUGGGGGGCGAUGCAGCCCAGAGUGGCCGCUGCAAUGCCUGUUGUUUUGGAUGACUUUGAGAACGCAGCCAGUUUUAAGGUGCAGCUAUUCUCUGAUCCAGGUUUUCAAGGCACUGUCCUCACUCUGGAGGACAGUGUGACCUCCCUACAGGACGGUUUCUCUGUGGCAUCAUGCAAAGUCCUGGCUGGCAGCUGGCUGGCAUUUGAGGGUAAGGACUUCUCUGGCAAGAUGUACGUGUUGGAAGUGGGAAGCUACCCAGACCUGAGAGCAAUGGGCUGUUUUAAUGCGAGCUCAUCAAUCCUGUCACUACAGACUGUUGGCUUUGAGUUCUCACUGCCUUCAAUCACUGUUUUUGAGCGCUGUGCUCUGAGGGGGAAGAGGGUGGUGCUGACGGAUGGAUCGGUCAACCUUCAGCUGGCUGGAGGCUGCAGCAGAGUCCAGUCUGUGCUGGUGGAAGGAGGCAUUUGGGUGUUAUAUGAGGAAAUCAACUAUCGUGGUGCCCAAGUUUUGCUGAAACCUGGCGAGAUCUCUGAUUGGCACCAGUUCUGCAGCUGGCGGAAAAUAGGCUCCCUCCGUCCUCUUCUGCAGAAAAAGGUGCACUUUCGUAUCAGGAAUAGAAAGACAAGGCUGAUGAUGUCACUCACCGGAGAUUUGGAUGAUGUUAAAAUGAUGCGGAUCCAAGAAAUGGAAGACACUGAUGGAUUCGAGCAGAUCUGGCUCUAUCAGAAUGGACAUCUUCACUGCAAGAUGCUGGAGGAAUGCUGCCUGAGCCCCAGUGGUAGUAUGACAAUGGCAGGGAGCCGCGUAGGUCUCACCCCUGAACCACAAAAUCACCUCUGGAGCAUCACACCUGAGGGCUUUAUUCGCUACUCACCCACAUCUGAUCUGGUCCUGGAGGUCAAAGGGGGCCACAACUAUGAUAAAAACCAAGUAAUUCUGAACACAUUGGAUCCACACAAACUGCACCAACGGUGGGAUGUGGAGAUUAUAUGACAACACAUGAUUCACUGCUGGACUGGAUCGGUACAAAUAGUCAGACGCACAAGUCAUCACCGGCUCUGUAGACGGAUACUCAAGGACAUGUGGAGAGAAUCAGAGGAGAGGCUUGACCUUUGCUGCAGGAGAGAUAAAUAAAUCCAAAUAAGGAGGUCAACAAGGAGCAAAGGAAAACACUCAGAAGAAUAGAGAAUCUGGCGUUAAAUACUUCAUAUUUCACACUUUAGCAGUAAUAUAUACUGAUGUUUAUUUUUGUCUUUUUAAGAAUAAAUCUGUUUGCCUAUUGUUAAUGAACUUGAACAGUGUUAACACUUUAUCAUAGCUUUCUAUGCAUUGUAUUUUAUGGCUUUCUUUUUGUGCUGCAUGCAACAUGACGAUGCAAAAAGAGUGUCUCUUGAAACGUCUUUUUUCUGUGUUUAAUCAAAAACUAGACAGCACACAACUCUUUUGUUGUCAGAAUAAUAAAAGUAUUUUUGUCAAUACA